AUGAACGAAUCUCGGAGACCGUUUAUUUCGCGUUCUCUGCCUGGCGAACAUACUUCUCCAAAAAGUCUACCAGCUUCUCUUCCUACAACCCCUGUAACCUUUCAAAUUCCAACUUCCUCUUUAACGGUUCCUACCACACAGCAAGCAACUGGUGUAGAAGGUAAACUUGUAAAAGCGAGAAAUCGUCGAAGUCUUUCUACUUCUUCGAGUCAAAGUUUACUUAAGAAAAGCUUAUCAAUCAAACCACGGGCUUUAUCGAAUCUUUAUCCUUCAAAUGUACUCUCGACUAUCGAGGGCGAUGCAAAUAACAGAUCGUCUUUUGAAGACUUCGACUAUUCGACUUCUGGCCUUCCAUUUAUUGGAACUAGCUCUGGUUCAAAUUCCAGUAGUAGUUCCUCUAACUCUCCAUAUCUGACUUCUUUUCCUUUUUACCAAAGAGAAAGACACCACUCUUUAUUUCGUCGUCAGAGUGGUGCUAGCUCGCAACUUAAACGAUUAUUGGGUUUAAAAUUUUUUCCUGAUUUAUCAAUUGAUGCUGAACAAAAUCGUCUUAGUAAUUUGCAUAUUAUUGAUGAUGGUUCUCCAGAAUUUACUUUUCCAAAAGUUAAACGAAAACUUUUAAAAGAUUUGGAAGAGGCAAAAAGUCGUGCUGAUAAAAGAAUUAUGGUGAUUUUAGAUAAUUGGUAUAAGUCUCAUCAGUAUCAAGAACUUUUAAGCGAGUUUUUAUAUGAUGGCUGGAGUGAUGAUGAUGAUGUACAACAUAUUCCAAUCAAUAUUCACAAAAAUAGUAGUCAGAGAACAUUAAGUAAAACGACGGCUAGCCCGGUCAUUAGUGAUACAGAUGAUGAGGCUUCUCCUUUAAAUAAGCUAUUACCUGAAAUUAAAUCAAUAAAGAAUGAUGUGCUUUCAAAAGAUAAAAUCUCACAUAAAACGGAGUCUGUGUCAUUAUAUGGUAAUACGAAACCAAAAAACAUUGUAAAAAAGAGUAAAAAUUUUAAGAGAAGAAUGGUCCAUUCGAACAGUUGGCCUUCUUCAAUUUUAACUUCAUCUCACACACUCUUGUUAACACGCAUUGAUCGUAUUGCUCGACGCAUUCUAAAGACUGCUGUUCAUGAUUUAUUACAUCUUAACGUUGCUGUUGAGAUAAUGAAAGAACUUCAGGAAUUAAUGGAAUCACAAAGAAAGAUGGCUGUUGGUAAUGCUGAUGCCGAAGACUUGUUAACGAAAUUAAUUUACGUCUUCGCUGAUGUUACAAGGGCUGUUGAAGCAGUGAAUUGUCCUUUUGCUGAAACGCAUCAUGACUUUUCGGGUGAUGGCGGAGUAAAUGAUUUGUUGACAACUGGUUCAGAGUGGUCUUCACCAUUGCCAUCACCAUUGCUUCCUACAACUCCAUCUUCAUAUUCUCCACCUCUAUUAUUACAAGAAAGGCGCAAGUCUUCCUUAGAAAUCGAUGGAAAUAAUAAAUCAAAUGCACUUUUAUCACCACAUGUGUAUUCGUCUCCAUUAGCUCGUCAUGUUACUAUGCCCCCAAUAACGCAAACUUCAAAAAUUACUCUCGAACAGCGUCGUGCUUCUGCGAAUGAAGCGAUAUUCGAAAGUCCGAUAAUGUACGUUCCUCCUCCUCGUUCAAGUAUGGAUGACAAUAUUAUUACUUGGAAUAAUUUAACAAAGAAGCAAGUAGAUCAAAUGCUUCAUGAGGAAAUGAAUAGGGAAAUUGAUUUUAGCAUAAGGUUGAAGAAACAGCAAGAAGAUGUGGAUCAAGAUUCUAAAAAAAAAUCUAAAAAAUCGAAGCCAAUGAUGAACUUUUUCAAAUCACUAAAAAAUGCGUUUAAUAGUCCCACAUCAUCGACUAGUGUAUCGCCAACUGGGUCUCCAACUCGAUCAAUGAUUCAGCCAAGUCCUAUUCGUAAUGCACAUUUACCACGUCCCCAACCAUUGGAAAGCCAACGAUCUUAUUCUUUUGAUUCACAUUCACACGCAUUGUCUGGUCGUAGUAAUUCAUUAAUGUCAACAAAAAGCGAUAAUAAUUUUGUUAGUGGUCAUGGUUUAACCAUAACUCCAAAUUUUCCAAUUCCGCAUGAUUAUAUACUAUGUCGUAUUUGUGAGGAAAUGAUUCCUAGUUAUGAAAUAGUAGCACAUUCAGAAACAUGUACUAUCACUACAGAAUAUGCGAUUAAAUUACAGGAAUGUGAUGGCAGGCUUCGCAGGUUGAUUGGGGAUGUCACAAAGAGAAAGGCAGAAAUCAUGGAAAGAAAUACCCCUUACCAGGAUUAUUAUAUUAUCAAGGAUUCAGAAUUGAUGGAAGAAACUGGAUUAAAGGCAGCAGAAAUCAAAGAAUCAUUAAAUCAUCGGGAAGCUCUUAGAAAAAUAGAAAAAUAUGCAACAAAAUUGGGCCGUUUGGUCGAUGAAAUGGAAAAAAAUACCAUUAGAGAUGAGGAUAUAUUGACUUACGGAAAGAGAUUGCUUCAUGUGGUUGAGGAGAAGCAGGAGACACUACGUGCAUACUUUCAGAGAUUACGUAUUGCUACAACAUCAGCAAUUGAAACUGCAGCAUUGCAAAUACCUCAAAAAAAAAUAGGCAGAAAACAAUCAAUAUCGAGUCGGGUAUUAUCGACUUCUGCAUCAAAUAAAGCGUCAACGAGCUUUUUGUCAAAAUCAAGCUCUUAUCGUCAUAAGGAUAGUGUACCUUCUCAUAAACGACAAGAUAGCACCGGAUCUAUAUCAAAUAAUAAACCUCUUUCAGAAAUUGAUUCUGAUAACGCUCAGCCGCCUCCACGUGGCGGAAAAAAAUUAAUCUCAUUAUUCACUGCUGUAUUACGUGGAGGUAAUAGCCGUUCAAGCAGCAUAUCAAGUAAGGAAACUAUCAACUCUUCAAACACUGCAGUUGCCAAUGGAGAUAAAGUAGUUUCUAAAACUAAAGUUCCAAGUAUACAAGAUUUUGAAAUUAUUAAACCUAUUAGUCGAGGCGCUUUUGGCAAAGUAUAUCUUGCAAGGAAAAAGACAACAGGCGACCUUUAUGCUAUAAAAAUCUUAAAGAAGGUAGAUAUGGUGCGCAAGAAUAUGGUAAAUCAUGUACUAGCGGAGAGAAGAGUUCUUAGUCUAUCAAGAACUCCAUUCGUAGUUAAACUAUUUUAUGCGUUUCAAAGUCAGGAUUACCUAUAUUUAGUAAUGGAAUAUCUAAUCGGGGGUGAUUUAUCGUCCCUUCUUCAAUGUUUUGAACGCUUUGAAGAGGAUAUGGCGCGUAUGUAUACAGCGGAAGUUGUAUUAGCGCUCGAGUACCUUCACAGCAAUGGCAUAACUCAUAGGGACCUGAAACCCGAUAAUAUGCUUAUUACAUCCGAAGGGCAUAUAAAACUUACUGAUUUUGGUUUGUCCAGGAUUUCAAUUCCCGAGAAAAGUAGCUUGGCGUUCAUAAAAGAAGAGCGAGAAACGAACAAUGAUGAUGAUAAGAAAUCUUACCAAAGGACCUUAAGAACUGGUAGCGUUGAUUCACGUGCCAACGCUGGACAUCCUCGUCCGGUCUCUGCAAUUUUCUCUAAUGAAAAUCCAAAACUUUCUGGUUAUAUCAAUCUUGGUUUUGAACCACAGUCAUCAGCUAAGCAAUCAAAGAAACCGAGUCGUCAAAGUUCUAAAGCUUUAUUAGGUACACCAGAUUACCUCGCACCAGAGUUACUUCUUGGUAUUGGACAUGGAACUGCAGUAGACUGGUGGUCUCUUGGUGUAUGUCUUUUUGAAUUUUUAGUUGGGUAUCCACCUUUCAAUGAUGGUACGCCGCAAGAAAUCUUUAGAAACAUUUUAAACCAUGUUAUUCAAUGGCCACCCGAAGGAUUUUUAUCAUCAGAAGCCAAAGACCUGAUUUCAAGACUAUUAAAUCAAGAUCCUGAGAAACGACCUACUGUUGAAGAGAUCAAAGCUCAUCCUUUUUUUAAUGGAAUUGAUUGGGAACAUAUUCGCCAACAACCUGCUCCUUUUGUGCCUAACCCUGAGGACGAACAGGACACUAGUUAUUUUGAAGCGCGUAACAAUCGCGCAGAUAUCCGCCGCCUUUCUGCUGGUAACAUGGAUGAUAUCGCUUCUGGAAAAGUGGCUACUUUUGUAGAUCGUAGAUCAGCCAUUUUUGAUGAUGAUAUUGACUUGGCUUUACAAGCUUCUGGUGGCAAUGUCACGUCUCCUAUAUUACAGACUGUUACAGAUGAAUCUGCUGAAAAUUCUUCGCCAUCAUCACCACGCUACAAAUCUGAUUCAACAAACAAUUCACGACAGUCCUCUUUAAAUUCAGCAUCUCUUAAACCACCACAAGUUGAAGAAAUCCAAAUACCUGUAAAGUCUGCUCAAAAGCGUAGGCCAUCACUCUUAAAGAUUACAGCUGGAAAGUCAAGAAAACAGUCCAUAAGCAGCGUUUAUGAUAAUGGUUCUCAAUCAUCUUCAGCAUCUGGUACACCGACUACUUCGACAAUGACACCAUUAUCAACAUCGGCUUUGAAUUCUCCUGCUUUUAAUCCAUCAAGACGUUCAACACUCAUAGGAUCACCAACAACAUUAGAUGAUUUUGGACAAACAAAUGCCUAUGAUCUCGAAAAAUUACAUAUUGGAAAUCAGCCAACAACUCAGGUUGGGGAUGAUGAAUUUGAUGAAUUUCUUUAUAAGGGUGUCUCAGUUUUAGGUGAUGUUACUAGGGGUGUAUUAUCAUCCGGAAAACAAUAG